UUUUUGAAUCUUCAACAGAAACUUCGGGGAAUUUGUUUCUUUUAUCUUGUUGUGAUUCGUGCGGAGAAGCCCACGAAGCCAUCGACGGCGUUUCGUGAGAACUGCAGCGACCUCUGUGAAGCAGAACAAAAAGCUUUCGUGACUCAAUCAUGAAAGCCAGCUUCUUCGUCAAGAUCUGCGGGCUCUGCCUCGUGAUGACCGCGUCCAGCAGCUACGCAACAGCAGAAGCAGAACCCAAGGCAGAAGCCAAUGCGGAACCCAAUGCAGCAGCUGCCCCACAACCCCAAUUCGGUGGCUCAGGCAGCAAUAGUAAUAAUAACAACAAUUUCGGCGGCUCGUCUGGGUCUUGGUCAGUCCCCAGCGGCGUGGACCCAGACUUGUACUCACGCACUGAGUCGGACAAGCUUUGGGACUGCUACAGCGAUUGGCGCCUGCGGGACAGGUUCUUGCGAACCCCGCAGUCCAUGGACAACCUGAUUGGGCUCAUCAGGAAAAUCGAGGCCUAUCCUCAGACCCAGAACUGGGACAUGGAGAAGACAGCAGCUGUCAUACUCCGAAGAUUCCGCUUGGACGGGAUUUUCUUCCGGCCAGGUGACAAGAAUACGCCAGGAAAUGACAUGACGCUUUUGUACGAGGGCCGGCAACACGAAGAAAGGAAGCAGACGAUCCUUUACAAGCUCGCCCCUGAUCGCAGUGCGAGUGAAUUCCCAGAAGACGCCUUAACACCCGCAGAAAAGUGUGGACUGCAUUUCAUGCUUUCGUACACAAUCAACGACACAGCGAGACCCGACGAGAAUGACCGAGGUUUCAGCAGUGGAAGCAGUUUGGGUCGCAGGAAACGAGGGAUAUUUUCAAAUGACGACGAUCCUGUUGGAAACGACAAUCAAAUCAGUGACGACAAUCAUGCCCUUGAAGGAUCCUUUCGCCAGCAGUUGCGUGACGAUUCGGAAGAUUCUCUUUCGGAUGCGCGUACCCAGCCGCUGGUCUCCAUGUCCCAACAGCAGCAGCAGCAGAGCAGCAUGAAGCAAGUGGCGCCCAACUACGUGACCAGCAAGUACCCCCUGGAAAUGGGGGUGGUGUACACCCCCUACGGCACAGUGGCGGCGGGUGCAGUGUUGGCUGGCAUCGCCUUCGGGCUCGAAGAACAGACCUACACUGUGAGGAACCUGCUGCCGCAGGACAAGGACGAGACCCAGUUGCCUGCUGAGAUUCGCGACGCCCAGAUCAUCAACUCAUUUGCGGGGACAAUUGCAGGUGACAUUGCCCAGUCAGCAGUAUUGAAAGGAAGUACAAGCAUUGAUGACAACAAAUUGAUCGGACCUAUCGGUCGCUGGAAUGACACAGUGUUGCCAACUGAAUACUCCUUGGACUACAGACUCGAAGACGUUUCAUUCCUCACCUACGCUGAGGCCCUCGGCGGCAUCGACGGGCUUCUGCUCGCAAAGCGCAUCAGGGAUUGGGACAAAACUUACGUCAAGCUGUCGCACAUCUUGGAAUUGUACUACUCAAAUCAAGGAAUAUCUUUCGGCAAAUUGGAUCAGUCCACGGACACCGGUGCUGGCAAUGGCCCAGUCAAGUACAGGGCCUGUGACAGGUUCAACCUAUUCAAGAAUGGGAAUGUGGUCAAGAAAACCGAGCUUGAUGACCAGGCAAGUUUUAUUCUUUUCCGGAUGAUUCAUAUACGACAGGUCAAAUCAUUUGCUUACCUGUUGUAUGCGUAUCAAAGCCCCAUCUGGAGUGGGAUGAGGGUGGAAACCAUCAACAGUCUGGUCGACAGAGCCAACAAGGUUUUCUGGAGAUUCGUCAAUGAAGACGGGCGAUCAGCAGAGAGCGACACCUGGGACUGUCCGACUUUUGUGCCAACAUCCAGCAACACCAACAACAACGCCAGGUUCUUCGACGAGGACCCGAACGUGCCCUUCGAAACCCGACUGGACAUCCACACCAUGCUGGACUCCAAUGCCGGAGAGCCAGAGAUUUAUUCCUUCAUGUACGGCAUUUCCCAGGUGCUGGCCAGGUUGCAGGUCGACACCCAUGGUACCAACAGGUUCGGGCUCAACAUGACACAGAGUGAACAGUGGAUGUGCUUCCUGGAUAUUGGGGAGGAGCCCAACAAGGCCAUGGUGGCCCACCGGAUGCUCCGAGCUGAAUCCUGGGGUUAUUCCGGCAGAUUCAAUUUAAUCGACACCAUGAACGCCAUUAAAAAGGAGCACCUCGCGUAUACGAGGCAAGAAUACAUGGACAACAGUGCUGGGUCAAAUGCCAAGGUUUUCCUUUUGGUUGUGCCCAAAAGCAAACCGGUUGCAGAUGGAUACGACGAAGACAAGUUGAAGGAGUUCUUUGAGCAUUUCUACGAAGACGUGCCAGAUGCUGAAUUGAUCGUACUUGGCACCGGGACUGACUGGCAGAGGUACUUGCGAGAUGAGAAUGAGGACUUCAUCAACAUGAACAGCGAUUUCGCGAGCAAAUUGCUCAAGCGGCUCAAGCGAGUUCCAGGACGCUUGAUUUUCCCGAGGUGCAAGGACGGAAAGGAGCAGGAGACUGGCAACAAGUACAAGGGUUUUUACUCACCAGGCACAAAGUCCUUGUUGGCCUACAAUCCCCAUUAUUUCUUCAGCUCUGGAAGCACUCGCAUCAAGAUCAGAUUCAUUUCCAAGUUGCCGGUGGAUGUGUGUGCCAUGAGGUCGCUUGACGAGCGCGACAGCGGGGACAUCAAGUGCGGCAAGGUGUUGGAUGCUUCUGACACGUCAGUGACGUUCGACGUGAAACCCAAGUGUGGCAGGGAAUGCGACCCGAUUUACCUGACCUUCCAAACGGACCCGAGUGUGGAUUUGUCCGUGUACAAUCCCACGUGCAGUGAUACUCGAACUUGCACGUUCCCGAACCAAGUGGAAUACGAAAUCACUCACGAGAAGAUGCGCUGCAAUUCCGGUGUGACAAUCUCUGCCAAUUUAUUCGCUGCCGUGCUUUUGUUUUUAGUUACGUUCUUCAACAGAUGAAGACUUCGCUCCUUUUUUUUUGUUCUUUGAGUGCGAAGUCCUUAUAUACACUGUUCCCUUUUUUUCGGAGUGACAAGCUCCGUUUGCGUUAAAUUUUCGGUUUCUUAGCAUUUAUAUUAUCGCAAAAAAUUGUUUUAAACAAGGCUAGGGAAUCCAAAAAUAGAUUCAUUCUUAUCAUUGAUGCUUGCCUUGUAUCAUGUGUUUUUUUUCGGUUCAAACGGAGGAACAAAAGGCGGAGAGUCAGGAAUUUGAUGAAAGAAAAGGCUUACGAUUCCUUUGUAUUUUGUUUGUUCUGCCUAUUUCCAGUUUUGUUUCUUGAGUUUAAUAAUGUCUUCGAAGUGUACAGCAGGGAAAUUUAUAUCCCCUGACUCAUCAGUAUACACCCUCGAUAUUUUUAUCACGCAAAUCCGUUUGGAUUCAGUGCCAUUUAUUUCUGUUUCCAGCAGACUGAUGUUCAGCGACAAACAAACAAAAUUGUAGAAAGAAAACAAUCAAUACAAUUCAAGAAUACCUCAAAUUUCUUCAAUGUUUUCCACCCAGGCUUUAGGGAGAAAUUGGGUACUGUACACACUUUUACGUAUGUUCAAAGAAAAUAAUGAAAUACCCUGUUUACUGAAGUACCACAUGCCCCUCAAGGAAGUCACGCACCUCCAAUUUUCAGCCUAGAAUUUGGAUUAAAACCUUUCUCCAGAUAAGAUGCAAGCCCCAGUUUCUGUGAUGAAAAUUGCGAUGUUUCAAAGAUAAACAUAUCCAAAUUUGACGUAUUGUGACUUGAAUUGAACCUACAUUAAAAUGCUUUUUCAUUGAAUUCUGAUUUUUAAAAUUCAUGUUUUCAAAUGGGUCUAGAACGUCCCGCAAUUCAAGCAUGAUGUGAGCUUGAGAAAGCUGGAAAUGUUCAUGUACGCUUGCCUAUGACAUGCACACUUCUUUUCCUCUUGUACCAAAACUCAAAAACAGACUUUGUAAGCGAAUUUCCCAAUUAAUUCUUCCGC